GAGAGGAACGCGGGUGAGACUACGAGAAGAGUAUCCUGAGUCUGUGAAGGUGUUUCAGGUGUUCCGCUGUUUUGUUGGUAACAAUGGAUCAUGUCAAGGCAACAACAGAUUACUAUUUUUAUGAAGACAGUUACAGCUUUUCACCUGAAACAGGCAGUAGCCAAUCCGUGCCCUGCAACCAGGAUGGCAUCAUGGACUUCACCCGGAGCUACUCCCCUGUGGUCUACAGCCUGGUGUUUGUGCUGGCGCUGGUGGGUAACAUCCUGGUGCUGUGUGUGCUGAUGCGCUACCGCACCUCUCAGACAGGUGGGACCUGCUCCUUCUCCCUCACCGACACCUUCCUGCUCCACCUGGCCGUGUCCGACCUCCUGCUGGCCCUCACGCUGCCCCUGUUCGCCGUCCAGUGGGCCCGCCAGUGGGUGUUCGGCGUGGCCGCCUGCAAGAUUUCCGGAGCCCUGUUAUCUCUGAACCGCUACAGCGGCAUCCUAUUCCUGGCCUGCAUCAGCUUCGACCGCUACCUAGCCAUCGUCCACGCCGUCAGCACCGGCUGGAAACGCAACACCUGCCAUGCACAGAUUGCCUGUGCCCUCAUCUGGACAGUGUGCUUUGGCCUGAGUGGGGUGGACAUCGCCUUUAGACAGGUGGUGAAGGUGGAAGUGGGGCACUCGGGGGAUCAUCAGGACUUGCUGGUGUGCCAGACGGUGUUCCCCCACAGCUCAGUGCAGUGGCAGGUGGGGAUGCCGCUAGUCAACUUGGUGCUGGGUUUUGGGCUGCCCCUGCUGGUCAUGCUCUACUGCUACAUCCGUAUCUUCCGCUCCCUUUGCAACGCCUCGCGCCGCCAGAAGAGGAAGUCCCUUCACCUCAUCGUCUCCCUGGUGUCCAUUUUUGUGCUCUGCUGGGCACCCUACAACUCCUUCCAAUUGGCCGAAAGCCUGAAGAAGCUGGGCGUGAUUAGUGGAGGCUGCCAGUUUGGCCGCACGGUGGACAUCGGGAUCCUGGUGUCUGAGAGCAUGGGGCUGUCACACUGUGCCUUGAACCCGCUGCUGUACGGCUUUGUGGGGGUGAAGUUUAGGAGGGAGCUGACCAGAAUGUGUAAGGGGCUGCUGGGACAGAGGUUCUAUCCAGGGAUGAACAGAUGGGGAGGACAGAGGAGAGCACGGAGGACCACUGGGUCCUUCAGCUCAGCAGAGAGCGAGAACACCUCCCACUUCUCUGUCAUGGCGUGAGCCAGCCACGUGCACAGAGAGGGGUCUACCUGUACCCGAGCACCUUUUUGUUGUUGUUCUGAACCCACAAGUCAUCGUAAAGUUGUCAAGUUCACCACCUCCCCAUCCCUUCCAUUGGUCUGCCCUGUACAAAGCUUGCGUGUGCCUGGUAUCCAAACAUGCAUGGCUUGAGAUACAGUCACCGGUCGAGUCUGUGUUGCAAGCUACCUAGUUUAAAUAUCAACAGUACUGCCACAGCAGUAUAACAUUUGAUCUACAUCAUCAUCAAUAUUUGGUUUGGCCUACAUAGCCUUCGCACAGCAGAGAGGCAGAAGACAUAGAGAGGAGCAGCUUCAUUCAGGCUCUACGACUCUCUACGACCCUCUGACCCAACUCCAUCCCUUCAUCAGUCGGGUGUUGCACAUGUGUGUCAGGGCAGCAGCAACACAGGUAGUCUGGACUUUAGCUAACCACCAUAUACUAAAAUAUCCACACAAGCCACCAGCCAGCCAGCCAUAUACCGUAGCAUGAGUUAGAAGAGUGUGAAUAUUAUAGUAUAUAAUGUAGUUAUUAUUAGGUAGCAUUGAAGAGAAAUCACAAAAAAUGCUAGUUAACUAUCAGGUUUACAUCAAUCAUCAACACAAUGAUCAGCUGAUAGCCUAUCGUCUUCACCCGAUGUCAAUCAUGUGUUUAGGAGGCGCUGUAACUAGCGUGCCUACAAUUUUUGAUGAGUGAAUGUGUUGUUGCAGAAAUAAAUAGGUUAUGUUUUUUUUAUUUCUACAAAAGCAGGUAGUAUGUUAUGAAUUUAGAGAUGUACUUUUUUAAAGGUGGUUGUCACUAGUUACCACAGCCAAAAAGUCAAAAUUGGCUCUAAUGUAAAAAUGUAUGAA